GGCUGGGGCUGGGCGCUCCGGGCCCCGCCGUUCCGGCGCCGCCGUUCCGGCCCCGCUCCCUUUGUGCUCGCAGAAGAUGGCGGCGCGGGCGGGCUUCCAGUCGGUGACUCCCAGCGGUGGCGGCGGGGGGGCCGCUGCCGGGGCCGGGGCCCUGGGGCCGGGAGCUCCGGGAGGGCCGGUCCGUAUGGGCCCGGCCCCGGGACAGGGCCUGUACCGCUCGCCGCUGCCGGGGGCCGCCUACCCGCGCCCCGGAAUGUUGCCGGGCAACCGGCUGGCCCCGCAGGGGCCUUCCAUGGGGCCGCCUGGUUACGGCGGGAGCCCCGCGGUGCGGCCCGGGAUGGCGCAGGCCAGCCUGGAUCAGGCCCGCAAGAGGCCGGCGCCGCAGCAGCUUCAGCAGGUGCAGCCGCAGGCCGUGCCCAACCGCAACCACAAUGCUAAAAAGAAAAAGAUGGCUGACAAAAUUCUACCUCAGAGGAUUCGUGAGCUUGUCCCCGAGUCUCAGGCCUAUAUGGACUUGCUGGCCUUUGAAAGGAAAUUGGACCAGACGAUCAUGAGGAAACGCCUGGAUAUCCAGGAGGCUCUGAAGCGACCCAUUAAGCAAAAGCGAAAGCUACGAAUUUUUAUUUCCAACACCUUCAAUCCAGCCAAGUCAGAUGCAGAAGAUGGAGAAGGAACAGUUGCCUCCUGGGAGCUUCGGGUGGAAGGACGGCUGCUGGAAGAUGUAAGUUCUGCUUUGUCCAAAUAUGAUGCCACCAAGCAGAAAAGAAAGUUUUCAUCCUUCUUUAAAUCUCUGGUCAUUGAACUUGAUAAAGACCUCUAUGGCCCUGACAAUCACCUGGUAGAGUGGCACAGGACUGCAACAACCCAGGAGACGGAUGGCUUCCAGGUGAAGAGGCCAGGAGAUGUCAACGUGCGCUGUACUGUCCUUCUGAUGCUCGAUUACCAGCCUCCCCAGUUCAAAUUGGACCCCCGCUUGGCUCGUCUCCUGGGGAUUCACACUCAGACCCGUCCAGUGAUCAUCCAGGCUUUGUGGCAAUAUAUCAAGACCCACAAGCUCCAGGACCCCCACGAGCGGGAGUAUGUCAUCUGUGACAAAUACCUCCAGCAGAUAUUUGAAUCUCAGCGGAUGAAGUUCUCUGAAAUCCCACAAAGGCUUCACGCGUUGCUUAUGCCCCCAGAACCGAUCAUCAUCAAUCACGUGAUCAGUGUUGACCCAAAUGACCAGAAGAAAACAGCCUGCUAUGACAUCGAUGUGGAGGUGGAUGAUACCUUGAAGACUCAGAUGAAUUCAUUCCUGCUCUCAACAGCUAGUCAACAGGAAAUUGCUGCUCUGGAUAACAAGAUCCAUGAAACAAUAGAGACAAUUAACCAGCUGAAGACCCAGCGUGAGUUCAUGCUGAGUUUUGCCCGAGAUCCUCAGGGCUUCAUCAAUGACUGGCUGCAGUCCCAGUGCCGGGACUUGAAGACAAUGACUGAUGUUGUUGGGAAUCCUGAAGAGGAGCGUAGAGCUGAGUUCUACUUCCAGCCGUGGGCUCAGGAAGCUGUGUGCAGAUACUUCUACUCCAAGGUACAGCAAAGACGGCAGGAACUAGAGCAGGCCCUGGGAAUCCGCAACACAUAGGCCGCUCCGCUCCUCCCCAGCCAGAAGGCAUCACAGCUACUUGUGGAGACGGAGCUGCAGAGUACGCUGUUAUGGCUCACGUAAUCCCACUCCGGCACUGAGGCCUGCACCAUUAUCCAUCCUGGCAUUGUCCCUGUUGGGGCAACUCUAGGACACCUGGGGUCUUCUGGGGAGUGGCAAGCAGACAGGCUCCAACAAGCACACACUUCUACCUGGUUUUCUUCCUGACUGUUGCCUUGUCAGUCCCAGGGCUUCUGAGAGCCUUUCCGUGACUCCGUACUGCCUGUAGUGUCCCCAGUAGCCAGUAUGAAUGCUGACUUGAAGCUUUUCUCAAGUUCAGAAACCACAGCCCGUUCCUCCUCAACUAGCAUCUAGUUGUGGCACAUGUGAGACCUGGGUCUGGGAAGCCUGGAUCUGCUCUAAGGGUGGAGCUCUGGCUAGUCUAGUCCCUGCCUCUUUUUGUAGCAAGGUACCAGGAGAUGGAGCGGGCAUGAUGCCAGGAGUUGACAUACCUCCCAGCCCUCCCCUCCUUCACGCGGAGGGUGCUGCUGCACUGGGCUGCCCCACAGGUCACUCUCCUCCUUGAGGAAGUUACUGGACUGUGUAGAGAAUUGCUUCUUCCCUUGUCCCUUUUUUCCUGUCCUGCUCCCUUCAUGUUUAUGACAGACUGUUUUAGGCUGGGAAUCACAGGGGAGAUGAAGCAUUGGCUUCCUGCAGGGGUGUGGAAGCUCUGGAGUGCUGAGACUUCACUGCACUUGGAAACACUUGGGGUUCCAGCAGGCCACCUGGCUGCUUGUUUUCCCUGUAGCAGGGAGAGAGGAUGCAACAGCUGCCCGUGUAAUUGUGCAGGGGCGGAGUGUUGUACGCUCAUUCCUUCGGGACAGUUGUCAUAUGUCACUUGCUGUGGGGACCAGAGGCUCCUUUGUGUGGGCCUGAGUGUAACAGGACAGUCCUUGGGAAUGGAUGUAGCUCCAAGCAUAUGUGAGGUAGGAGAUGUUUCCAUGCUGAAGCUCCUGUGGUUUUUAGUCAAGUUUUAGGUUCCAGGGCUGCCAUAAGGCCCAGCAUGGUUCAGGAAUGUACAAGUAGACUUUUACGGUGGGGAGUAGCAGCCCCCAUGCCUCUUCAUGGGACUAUGCCUCGUCAUGGAACGAUUUACUAGUGAACUAGCGGUCAGGUGUAAGAGAACGGCGUCUCGAACCCGGAUCUCAGUAUUUCUGCUCGGGACUAAUGCAAACGGACUCAAAAGUUGGUCAUACUCUCUCGGAACAGCUGCAAAACCACGUUACUGACAAGCCCCCCUCAUCCCCACACCCAGCUUUGGUGUGGUUGGGAAGGUUACUAUGAAUUUGGGAGCCUGGGUGGCCCUACUCCUUGUGUCUGUGUUACUACAUGUCUGUGAGUAAUAGACUCUCGACUUCCCUUCCCCUUUACCCUCUUUGAAAUGGCUCCUCUGUGGUACUGGGGUGAAGGUCUUGGUGCUGAUGAAGCAGCCCACUGACUCCUCAGGGUAGUCACACGUGAAGGAUGCUGAAUACUGCGUAGGCAAACAUAGCUGUUGCAGAAUAACUGCUUUUCUUAACUGAAUGUUAUGGGUUUUUCCAUGGACCAAAAUUUUUUUUGUACUGUAUCCUUGUAGAUGUCACCCAGUUUUAAUAAAAGCCUCCUGUGAAGGAA